UAACUUUGAGACAUCUAAGUGUACGCUCUGUGACUUUUUUGUUCUGUAUUGAACGUGUACCCCUCUACUUUUUUGAAAAUGUCAUGAAAAUCCUGUUUAAACCUUUCCACUCCAUGAUAAAAAAAAAUCUCUAACCACUCAGAGUUGAUCUCAUGCUGAAAUGUGGCAGUCUGACGUGACAUUGUGGCCCUGUGGUGAACAGACUAUGAGCCCUUUGUCAAAUUGUCUCUGUCUCACUCACACUGAAGAGCUUUCUCUCUCACAGCUGUGUGUCACUGCUCGCUGUGACUCACUGUAAGCCAGCCAAACAAGCUGACAUGGCACUUAUGAAUCCCCAAGUAAAGCCUCAGGGCAGAGAAGCUGCAGGAUGUUGCCAGUAAAAUCUAGAGGCUAGUUAAAAAUAACAUUUCUCUGUGAGGGGACUGAGCGGCAGCUACUCAGGUGAUUUAGCUUUCAGACAUACCUUUGGAGCAGUAGGAAGUACAGGGCGAGCAGAACUGCGGUGAGUUUAUCAGAAGGUCAAAGGGUGAAAUGGGAGAAAGGCAAAGCAAAGAAGAGUGAUUCACCAGCACUUGAGUCUGUCUGCGGGAGAGGAACCCACUGACUCUGAACCUGACUGUGGCAUGGCACUGUCAGAGGACAGUGUGAGUACCUGGAGCUGUAAACAGGUGGCCCAGUGGCUGCAGGAAGAAGGUUUCGGGGAGUAUGUGGAGUUGUUGUGCACCCAGCACCGCCUGGAUGGCCUCAGCCUGCUGGCUCUGACUGAGGCUGACCUGCGGGGUCCUCCACUGGGCCUGACUGUGCUGGGAGACAUCAAGAGGCUGACCUUAGCCCUCCGCCGGCUCCAGAGACAGAACCAGGCCCAGCUGGAUGAGCUGGGUCUCCGGCCUUCAGACAGCCUUCACGCUGGGCUCUCGCCAGGCGCCACAGGGGUCGAGUGGAGCUGUGACGGAGCCGACAGGAGGUAUAACGGAGGUGAUCGCUCAUGUAACGGGACUGAGCUGCGGCUGAGGAACAGUGAUCGAUCUGUAUACGGUUCAGGAGCGUCGCUGUGUCAUUCACACUCCAACGGGAGGUGUAGGCAGCAUCUGGCUGGUAGAUUGGACCCAGAGGUGUGGAAGACAGUCAUCAGUUCCAUAUAUGUCUUUUUUGUGUUUGGAUUCACAUCUUUUGUCAUGGUCAUUGUACAUGAGCGCGUCCCAGACAUGAGGACAUACCCACCGCUGCCUGAUAUAUUCCUGGACAGUGUUCCCAGAAUCCCUUGGGCUUUUGCAAUGGCUGAGGCUUGUGGUGUCAUCCUGUGUUACAUGUUUCUGUUGAUCCUUCUCCUUCACAAACACAGGUCCAUCCUCUUCAGGCGGUUGUGCUCUUUAAUGGGAACUGUGUUUUUACUUCGUUGUUGCACCAUGUUUGUCACCUCACUGUCUGUGCCUGGGCAGCACCUGAAGUGUGCCAGUAAGACAUAUGGUGAUACUUGGGGGAAGAUACAGAGGGCACUAGCAAUCUGGAGUGGAUUUGGGAUGACUCUGACUGGCGUCCAAACGUGUGGAGACUACAUGUUCAGUGGGCACACGGUUGUCAUCACGCUGCUCAACUUUUUUGUGACCGAAUACACUCCCCGAACAUGGAAUCUGAUUCACACCAUCUCCUGGGUAUUAAACCUGUUUGGGAUUUUCUUUAUCCUGGCGGCUCAUGAGCACUACUCCAUCGAUGUGUUCAUUGCCUUCUACAUCACCACCCGCCUCUUCCUCUACUAUCACACCUUAGCCAACACCCGUGCCUACCAGCACAGCCGCAGGGCGCGCAUUUGGUUCCCCAUGUUCUCCUUCUUUGAGUGCAACGUGAACGGACCUGUCCCCAACCAGUACCACUGGCCCUUCAACAAGCCUGCCUUCAUGAAAGUUCUGAUUGGAUAGAGAAUACUCUCAACGAUCACCAGCUGCAAUGUGCAUGGACUAUAAUAUUACAGCUUGAAUGAGAGACCUUUUACUGGAGAUGCUGCUUCUUAUCUUUGGAUGAUAUGUGGGAGUUUUUUUUUUUACCCUAAUCUGCAUAAAUAGAUGAUCUUUACUCUCUUAAGCAAUUUUAUGUUCAAUGGAAUAGUUUGACACUUUGUGAGGUGAGGAUUGGGAAGGAUGCUAAGCUAACCAGCUGCUGGCUAUAGCCUCAUAUUUAAUGGACAAUGAAGCAGUGUCUAACUUCUGACUCUACCAAAAUGUAAACUUAUUCCUUUUUUAUUUAUGCCUAUGUUAAAUCACACACUGCCAAGUAAGACAAAGAUAUGUGGUUUAUGACCGGGCCUAAGAGCUGCAGGUACAGACUUUUUCUUGGAGACUUAUUUGCCUUUUAAUCACUUUCAUUAUUCAUAUGGCACCUUGGGGAUGUUUAAGGUUCACAUGUGGUUUGGGUUGUUGUUCACUCUCAGUAUUUACUGUUGAAAACUGAUCAGUCUUCACACAGCUGUAACGCAGGUUGAUGCUGUAGUUGUCACUUUUUGGGAGUGGUCGUGACGACGGUUCACAUGUUUUGCUGCAAAAGGAUUUGAAACCAGUUUGGUAACUUUCCUACCAAAGGAACAGUUGUUUCUUUUGAUGUGCAACAGGAAGAAUACUUCCUGUUCUCUACUGACAGAGCUCUGUUUCAGUCACUCAGUUUUAUUUAUUUUAUUUUUUUUUUUUUCAUUUUCACAAUGUGCACCCCACAGCUUUAUUGUAUUUGAUGGUGUCAUCACUUGGACAUUAUAGUGUGCUUCCUACAUUCACAGUUAAACUGAACCAAAUAUCUGAACAUUUAUUGUAAUGUUCAGUUUUGCCAAUGAGCCCUUAUUCUAAUUAUUUUGUUAUACUAAUUUGACAUUGUGUUAUGGUUUUCUAUUUUUUACAGGUUGUUAAUUAUGUAAUGACUAUAGAAAUGUAUGGAGCUGGAGUUUGUCAAAGCUUUAUUGUUCAGUUUCACAGUGUGAAACUGACUUUUCAUUAAUGCAGCUGUUGACAAAAAGAUAACAAAGAUUUAAAAGUAUAUAUUGUUUACUAUCACAAUUUCAUGUUGUGUAAAACAAUAUAUUUUUAAUAAUUGUUUACAAUUUGUGACUUUAUUUUCAGUGCAAGUACACUAUCUCUGCCUUUUGGCUACAACAAUAAAGGUUUACAGAUAAGGAAAACCGUUUUUAUAUUUCAGUUUGACCGUUUCCUCAGCUGCUUUCUCACUAAUGUGUUUCUAUUUGCAUUUGUUGAACAAAAUGUAUUUUAAUUAUCAUUAUAAA